GCUGAUGAAGUACUCUGAACAUUGCCCAAUAAAUAACUUCCUGAGAGAUAAAGCAGACACAGGAAAUGAACAUGCAUACGUUUGAAAGCAGAGUCGGAGGUGAACAGAAACACGAGAGAUGAAGUGAAAUCAGGAAGGACGCUGGACAGCAGAAGCAGAGAAGGAAAAAGAAGAAGGCUAAAGCUGUCACAGUUUGUGCUGCACACUUUCUGUUUCCUGUUGGGGCUCAAAGUACUCGAUGGAGUACUCGUGCCCGCCGGCGGUCAGGCACGUACAGCUGAACGAUGGCACGCGUAUGCCGCUCCUGGGCCUCGGGACGUGGAAGUCUUCUCGUUUGCAGCGGACUUCAGUCCAGGGAGCGGUGGAGACCGCCAUCGCAGCAGGAUACCGUCACAUCGACACAGCCUUCUCCUACAAGAACGAGGUGGACAUUGGGAAAGCUCUGCGCUCCAAAAUGGAUCAGGGCAUCAUCCGGCGAGAAGACGUGUUUAUCGUCAGCAAGCUGUGGUGUACCCAUCAUGCCCCAGAGGACAUCCCUCUGUGUCUCAACACGUCCCUGAAGGAUCUCCAGCUGGACUACCUAGAUCUUUAUCUUGUGCAUUUCCCUGUCGGCCUUCAGAAAACAGGAGACGAACUUUUCCCGAAGAAGGAUGGGAAGAUCCUGACCUCUGAUGUGGACUAUGUGGAUGUGUGGAGGGGGAUGGAGGCCCUGCGGUCCUCGGGGAAGGUCAAGAGCAUCGGCGUCUCAAACUUCAGCAUCCUGCAGCUGGAGAGGCUUCUGGCUCUCUGCAGAGUUCCCCCUGCAGUUAAUCAGGUGGAGCUCCACCCCUACAUGGUUCAGACAGAGAUGAUAGAAUUCUGUAGAUCCAAAAACAUCGUCCUGACGGCCUACAGCCCCUUCGGUUCGCCUGAAAGACCCCCUGAUCUGUUAAGAGGUGACACAGAUCCCUACAAGCUCCUGGCGGACCCUGUGGUUGCAGGUGUGGCGAGAAAACACGGGAAAAGUCCUGCGCAGGUGUUGCUGAGGUACCAUGUGCAGCAGGGCAUUGCAGUCAUUCCCAAAAGUGACAAGCCUCAUCACAUCCUUGAAAACACAAAGAUCUUUGACUUCAGCCUCAGCGAUGAGGACAUGAACACCCUGAGGAGUCUGGAUCGAAGGUGGAAAGCCUGCGUCAUCGACGAAAUCAAGACUCAUCCGUACUAUCCUUUUGAGUGAGAUGUGAAAACCUCCAUCACGGUUGACUGAAGCUGAUCGCAGGAACAACCCAAGACGUCAUUUAAAACAGUUUCUUAAGAACAGAGCAAACAUCCCUUCCUUUGAUGUGUAACAGACAUCAAACACGUGCAUUUGUGCAAAAAUAAACCCAAGAUUUGGCUCAGGAACCAGCGACCUGAUGCGGC